AUGAGGGUCUGUCAAUGCUUGGGCCGAUGCGCGACCCAGCUCAUCCUGGUCGCCAUUAACUGCGUGCUGGCGCUCGGAGGCGCCCUCGUCCUAUAUGUGGGCAUCUACACGCGCCGCGCCGGCUGGGUGGACGUCAUUUGCGGCUACUGGUCUAACAUCGACGAUGCCGUGACUGCGCUCAUCGUUGUGGGCGGGGUGAUCAUCGGACUGGCCGUGCUGGGCUCCAUCGCAGCGCUGUGUCGCUGGCGCUUCGGUCUCUGCACAUACGCGAUAGUCGUGCUGCUGUUCCUGAUCCUGUUCCUGAUCGUGGCCAUCGCCGCCUUCGUGCUCAUGGCCAAAGCCGACGACUGGAGCAACAAAGAGUAUCCUGCGGAGAGCAUGGAGGAGACCGUGAAGAGCGACUUCGACACGGUUUACUGCUACGCCCAGGGCGAGUACAUCUGCAACGAGGCCUCGGUGUCCGAGGCGCUGAACAUGUUUGCCCCGGAACUCGACUCGGCGAUCGUGGAUCUGUUCGAGAACAUGACUGGCGGCGUGACCACCUUGUGCGACGACUACCUCGGCGACUACAGCGAGCUGGAGAGCCUCUGCGACGGAUGCGACAAGGCGCGCGAGUUCGAAAACUAUACGACGGUGUUCGACUGGGCCAACGACCAGUGUCCCCGCACGAAUGAGACGAUGUGGUACUGCGGCGAGUUCCUAGUCUCGGGCUCGACGAAGAACAUCACGGUUGGCACGGCCCCGUACACGGAUUGUCGCCCCGAAUUUUUGGAUCUCGUGGAGGGCUACUCGAUGUAUCUGGGCAUCGGCAGCGUGCUCGUAUGCGUUGGCGCGCUCAUGAUCAUCAUCUUCGCGUGCUGCUUGCGUCGCAGGAAGCAGCUCGGCAGGAGCGUCGUGCAGGUAGAAGACGACCCGCUCACCCCAUCAGUGGAGAACCCAAGAUUCCACUACUCCAAGGCGUAG